AUCUAAAUACAAGGAGAAGAUUCUACCAUCUGUAUAUACCCCCAGUGCGGCAUACUUACCUCAUCAGAUUGAGGAUGGCCCCCUAUAUAAAGUCUCCCUUUGUCAUCAGGCUGGAAAUUAACCUGCUCCUUGUGGCCCUGACAGUUUUGGGGCUUUUGAGCAGGUUGUGGAGUUUAUCUCACCCACAAGCUGUUGUAUUUGAUGAGGUGUAUUAUGGUCAGUUUAUAUCACUAUACAUGAAACGUAUUUUUUUCCUGGAUGACAGUGGCCCCCCUCUCGGACACAUGCUGCUAGCCAUGGGAGGCUAUCUUGCUGGGUUUGAUGGUAACUUCACAUGGAACCGUAUUGGAGCUGAAUACAGCAGCAACGUCCCUGUGUGGUCCCUGCGCCUUCUCCCAGCUGUUUCUGGAGCACUGUGUAUACCUCUAGGGUUUAUGAUUUUGGUGGAGUUGGGAUUCUCUACAUGUGCUGGCUUGGUAGCUGCCUUCCUGCUUUUUUUUGAGAAUUCUUUGCUUACUCAAUCUCGCCUCAUCCUCCUUGAGUCCAUACUCAUCUUCUUCAUCCUCCUGGCUUUCCUGUCCUACCUUAAGUUCAACAGAUGCCAGCAGAGCAGCCCAUACUCCAUGCAGUGGUGGUGCUGGCUGCUUCUGACGGGACUUUCCUGUGCCUUUGCAGUAGGGGUAAAGUACACAGGUCUCUUCUCCUACCUUCUGAUUGUGGGCAUCUCAUCAGUACAUUGCUGGCAGCUGAUUGGUGACCGUAGCCUGUCCAAUGUUAAUGUGCUGUGCAACUUGUUGGCGCGUUUCUUGGCUCUGCUGCUGUUACCUGUGGCUUUGUACCUAGGUAUUUUCUACAUACACUUGUCAGUCCUGACCCACUCAGGGCCCCAUGAUCACAUCAUGAGCAGCGCCUUCCAAGCUAGUCUAGAGGGAGGCCUAUCCCGCAUUACAAAAGGACAACCCCUGGAGGUGGCAUUUGGUUCACAGAUCACUCUAAGGAACAUACUGGGUAAACCUGUCCCUUGCUGGCUGCAUUCUCACAAAAACACUUACCCCAUAAGAUAUGAGGGGGGGCGCGGGAGCUCACACCAACAGCAGGUCACCUGCUACCCAUACAAAGAUAUCAAUAACUGGUGGAUUGUGAAGGACCCAGCAAGGCAGGGGAUGGUUGUGACAUCGCCGCCACGUGUUGUCCAUCACGGAGAUAUUGUGCAGCUGGUGCAUGGGAUGACCGUUCGCUACCUCAACACACAUGACGUAGCAGCACCAUUGUCUCCGUAUUCCCAGGAGAUAUCCUGUUAUAUUGAUUACAACAUCUCAAUGCCGGCACAGACACUAUGGAGAGUGGAAAUAGUGAAUCGGGAGUCUGACACGGACACUUGGAAAACCAUUUUAUCUGAAGUGAAGUUGGUUCAUGUCAAUACAUCGGUCUCCUUAAAGCUCAGCGGCUCAGCUCUACCAGACUGGGGGUUCCGGCAGCUGGAGGUAGUUGGUGACAAAGUGGCCCAGAGUUCUCAUCAGAGUUUGAUGUGGAACGUGGAGGAGCACCGUUAUGGCCUAGGUCAGGAGCAGAUGGAGCGGGAGCAGGAAUUCAGCUCUCCCUCCCCGAUUGAUGUGGGCAGGAAUCUCAGCUUCCUGGCACGAUUUUGGGAGUUGCAGUGGAAGAUGCUCACCUUGAGGAACGAGAACACUGAGCACAAAUACAGCUCGUCCCCUCUUGACUGGAUAACACUGGACACGAGCAUUGCGUAUUGGCUUCACCCCAAGAGUACGGCUCAGAUCCAGCUCUUGGGUAACCAUGUGAUUUGGUAUUCUGCCAAUGCCAGCACACUUCUGUAUGUAGCCUUGCUGCUGUAUUACCUGCUGCGCCAGAGGAGGGGUUUGUGCGAUAUCCAACAAGGUCAGAGGUUUUGAAGAACACCUUCUCUGCUCUGCUUGCUGUGUGGAUGUCCAGUAUCUUCAUGACAUUCUGGAAGCUUUCCCCCUUGACAUACGGAGACCCUGCUCUCACGCCAGAGGAGUUGCGCAGUUUGAGAUGGAAACACAGCUGGGACAUUUUGAUAAGACAGCGGUGACACAAUUACCAUUCUGUAAAAGGGAAACAGGAUUAAUGUAACAACAUGGAUCAAAUAUAUAGAGGCGCUGGUCUUGAAUCUCGUGUAUAUUAACGUGC